CACUCUUUGAUCAGUUUAUUGUUUAAUUUGAUUAUUUUUAACUUAUAUUCGACAAUUAAAACAAUAUUUUUCCAUUUGUGGUAAAUUAUAGGCAAAUUCUGUUGGUUAUUUGAUUGUUUCUUCUUGCAAUCAACAUUCAACUGGUUAUACACUAUACAAUUCAACUCAACAUUAAUCUUUUGCUACUCGUCAUACACAAUCAUCUUUGAAAUCAUUAUUGUGUUCUCUCAUUAUCUCAAUAUCAUUCCGAUUUCGUUGUCAUUCUACUGUAUUUAUGUAAAAAUCAUAUUAUUUUCAUUUCUCAUCCCAGUGAAACAUCAUCGUUUCUCAUCGAUAAGCUCUACUUACAUGUUAAUAGCGUAAAGAUUGAACUUAAAUUAACCUUCAAUUGACCAAGCAUCGAAGGAAAAUGGAUCUGCUGUUAACUGGAGCUGCCUGUUACACGCAGUCUUAACUUUUGCUCUCAAGUGUACGCAUAUCGGUUAAUUCACAAGUUUUGAGUCCAUCAAUAAAAAUCCAUUAAAAUUACCAGCAAGAGUUGAGGAUCGACAAGAUAGCUGAUUCAGUGGAUUCUGACUUUAAUGUCAUAAUAUUAUCAUCUUCUUGAAGGCCUUGUGUUUUAAUUGAUGAUACACUGUAAUCCGUAGCCUGGAAAGAUGAUCGCUACUCUAUCUAAAAAUGCAUUUCUUUGUAAAUAUCUAUCAAGGCCAACCUCAGUUAUUCAGUUAGGAUUACCUUGCAAUCAUCUGAUUCGACCUUCAUCUUUACGAUCAUAUUGUAAUCAAGUCAAUUGGAAUUCCAUUACCAGAAGUAAAAGAAGUCGACUCUUAAUUUUUUCUUCUCUUACCAUUUCGACCAUAAGUUUGAUCGCUCACAGGAAUAAAUUGAAAGCAAAGAUCGUCAAAAAAGAUGAAGCUUUUGAGGCUGGCAAGCGACUGGAAGGCCUCAAAGAGUACAAUAAACUUGAAGUUAACCAACACAACAGCAAAGAGAAGGGUGUUUGGAUCAUUUUUCGCAAUGGUGUUUAUGAUAUAACAAAAUUCAUCGAGGAACAUCCUGGUGGCGAUAAAAUACUACUUGGUGCUGGUCAAGAUAUUGAACCGUUUUGGAAUCUUUAUGCUGUUCAUAACGACCCACAGAUUUUCAAGUUGCUAGAAUCAUAUCGUAUUGGUAAUUUACUUCCAGAUGAUGUUAACACUGAAGGUGUCACUCAGGCUAAUGAUCCUUACCAGUUUGACCCUAAAAGGCCUGGUUAUUUUGCUGUUCGUUCAGCUAAACCUUUUAAUGCUGAACCUCCUUUAAACGUUUUGGCAGACUCCUGGUUGACUCCAAAUGAACUGUUUUACAUUCGCAAUCAUCUUCCUGUUCCUGAUAUUCAACCAGAUGAAUAUGAGCUGGAAAUUGAAGGUUUUGGAAUUAAAAAUCCAAUAAAAUUAUCUCUUAAAGAGUUAAAGGAAAAGUUCCCAAAGCAUACAAUUUGUGUUGCUAUUCAAUGUGCCGGUAACAGAAGAUCAGAAAUGACAAAAGUAAAACAAGUAAGAGGUCUUUAUUGGGGUGGAGCUGCGAUAAGUAAUGCGAAUUGGUCAGGAGCCAAGCUGGUUGACGUUUUAAAGUAUUGUGAUGCUGAUUUGAACGAUCCAAAUAUAAAACAUAUUGUCUUUGAUGGUGCAGAUACAGAUGCAACGGGUAGCUCUUAUGGUGCUUCGGUUCCAGCUGAAACUGCUUUGGACGGAUUAAACCAGUUUAUUCUAGCUUAUGAAAUGAAUGGUGUUGACAUACCGAGAGAUCAUGGUUAUCCAGUGAGAUUAAUUGCUCCAGGAAUUGUUGGUGCUCGUAAUGUUAAAUGGUUAAAUAAGAUAACAUUGUCAGAUGAGGAAAGCCACAGCCAUUGGCAAAGAAAAGAUUACAAAGGAUUUUCACCCAAUGUUGACUGGGAUAAUGUUGAUUUUGAAAAAUCACCAUCAAUCCAAGAGAUGCCUAUUCAAUCGGCCAUCUGUGAUCCUGUUGAUGGCUCGACAGUAACUCCAAACGCAAAUGGUUUCAUUACGGUUAAAGGUUAUGCUUGGAGUGGAGGUGGUCGUAAAGUGGUUAGAGUCGAUGUUUCCCCUGAUGGAGGAAGUAAUUGGAUAACAGCUGACCUUGAACAAGAAGAUACUCCAUUGAAUCGAACGUAUUCAUGGACAUUAUGGAAGGCUGAUAUACCAGUUGCCUCUUUAAAACAAGGAUCAAAUUUUCAAGUUGUUUGCAAAGCAAUUGAUUCCUCUUACAACAAUCAACCUGAAAACGUUGAACCGAUCUGGAAUUUACGAGGUGUAUUGACCAACUCAUGGCAUAGGAUAAAUUUAAAGUUAACUUGAAGCUACAAACAAAGUCUAUAAAUCAAUUAGGAUUUUAUAUUUUUAUGUAACUGAAAUUAUAAAUUGUAUUGUUAUUGUAACGCAAUCCAUCUCAUAAUCUUUGAAUUUACUCUAUUUUCAAAGCAUUAAGUGAAAAAUGCAAUAAAUUAACUUUUUGCAGUCA